UUUUUUUGGUAAACAUAUGAGUUGACAGUAGUUAACAUAAAUGUAUAUUUUAUACUAUAGAAUUUAAUUGUUUUUUACUUCCAGUAUUUAUAAAGAAUAAAGCUGUGCCGACUUUCCUCUUUGAGCGCGCAGAGAUUUCUGGGCAUACGAAUACAGCGUAAAAAUGAAGGAAGGGGAAGAAUUGGAAAGAGGGGGCGGAAAACCCUCUAGCCUGACAGAAAUUAAUGAAUCAUCGCAAAACGAGGCGUCCGCGACACCCGCGCAUACACCAACACAACCACCUGCGAAAGACUUGAUUUUGUCUACCUCAACAGAAAACGUCAAGGAAGCUUUUCCUCCGUUAAAGGGAGAAGAAAAUAGUUCUGAGAAAACAAUAUUAAGAAAUGACAAACUUAGUACGGAUUGUGCAGAUGCAGCUACGCAAUCUAAUGAAAGUGUCCCUAACGCAGAAGAAGAAGAAGAAGAAGAAAAUGCUAAUAGUAGUAAAACAAAUUCAACGUCAUUAGAAAAUAAAGAAAAACAUUCAGCGCCCCAGUCAUCUGAGCCCGCUGAAAAAGCGUCAUUGGACGACUACACUAAAUAUAUGACGUAUGAAUCGGACGGCACCGCCUUCUAUACAGAUCCCAAAACGAAUUAUCGCUACAAAUUCUGUACACAACAAAAUGCAUGGGUGCCUUGCGACGCCGAUAAAGACGGCGCUGCAAGAGCGACCGCUGACAAUCCGUACGAAAAUGAACACUAUAAAUGGUGUAGUCAGACGCAGAAGUGGAUCCCAAAAGUGCAACCACAACAAGCGGCCGGAUCCGAUGGCGUGAGCUAUGACAUAGAUGAAGAUGGCCAACGCAUUUAUAGAGAUAAGGAUGGCACAAUAUUCUUUUGGGAUGCCAAUAAAAAUGCAUGGUUUCCGAAAAUCGAUGAUGACUUCAUGGCGCACUAUCAAAUGAAUUACGGCUUUAUAGAUAACACUAGUGCUGCCGAAGAGGAGGCCAAACGAAAGGCGGCGGAGGAGCAAAAAUUGAAGGAAUUGGAAUUACAUCGAAUGACCGAAGAGGCAAAAGCCGCCGAGGAAGCAGCAAUGAAUUCAAGUGCUAAUGGCGGAGCUGCGGUUAAGCGAAAAGCUCAAGAGCCACCAAAAUGGUUUGAUUUGGACCCGGAACACAAUACAAAAGUUUAUGUUUCUAACUUGCCGCUGGACAUUACAAUGGAGGAAUUCGCUGAGCUGAUGGGAAAAUGUGGCAUGAUAAUGCGCGAUCCACAAACGCAAAAGCAUAAACUGAAGCUAUAUGCUGAAGCAGAUGGCCAGCUGAAGGGAGAUGGCUUGUGUGACUAUAUUAAGGUGGAAUCUGUGGGAUUGGCUUUAAAUAUUCUAGAUGAAUAUAAUCUAAGGGGGAAUAAAAUUCGUGUGCAACGGGCAGAGUUCCAGAUGCGCGGAGAAUAUAAUCCAGCUUUAAAGCCGAAACGAAAAAAGAAGGAUAAGGAGAAAUUGCAGAAAAUGAAAGAAAAAUUAUUCGACUGGCGUCCGGAAAAAAUGCGUGGAGAGCGUUCGAAGAACGAGAAAGUGGUUAUUAUCAAAAACCUCUUCGCGCCAAGCAUUUUCGAAAAGGAAGUACAACUAAUAUUGGAUUAUCAGAACGAUCUGCGUGAAGAGUGUGGCAAAUGUGGUACCGUGCGAAAGGUGGUCAUAUAUGACCGGCAUCCGGAAGGCAUCGCACAAAUUAAUAUGGCCGAUCCCGAAGAAGCGGAUGUCGUAAUACAAAUGAUGCAUGGGCGUUAUUUUGGACAGCGAAAGCUGACUGCAGAGCACUGGGAUGGAAAGACGAAAUACAAAGUUGUUGAAUCAGAGGCGGAAGUGCAGAAACGACUCACCAAUUGGGAUCAGUAUCUAACGACUGGUGAAGAGGAACAAAACAGUAAGACAAUGGAAGGUGAAGCAAAGGUGAAACUGCCUGGGGAUGAAAAUGAGGAUGAUGACAAAGAAAUAGAUAAUAAUGUUACUAGGUGUGCGGAGAAUGCGGCAGUGGUCUAAGCUUGUAUGCAUGGGAGAUAAAAAUUAAGCAAUUAUUGUAAAGGAAGCUUCUCAAUAUCCGACUUAACUCUGUUUGUUAAUAAAUUUGCGAACUACAUCUGUGCUUUAAAGAAGAAGCUCCAAAACUA